AUGCAUCUUACAGUGAUAUACAUUGAUCAUUUGCUUCCAACACAGGGGACACAAAUGGUAACUAUGAUGUCCAGUGAUCUGAUGCAUUCUAGAAUGCAUGAAGGUGGACCCCACAAACAGUGUGAUAAUAAGGUGGAGGAAAAUGGUGGUAGAUGGUAUUUUUCUAGGAAAGAAAUAGAAGAAAACUCACCAUCAAGAUCAGAUGGCAUUGAUUUGAAGAAGGAGACUUAUCUUCGCAAAUCUUAUUGCACAUUCCUGCAAGACUUGGGUAUGAGACUUCAAGUGCCCCAAGUAACUAUUGCUACAGCCAUUAUCUUUUGUCAUCGUUUCUUCCUUCGCCAGUCUCAUGCGAAGAAUGACAGGAGGACAAUUGCAACAGUCUGCAUGUUUCUUGCAGGAAAAGUUGAAGAAACUCCUCAUCCUCUAAGAGAUGUUAUCCUUGUCUCCUAUGAAAUCAAUCACAAAAAAGACCCUGAAGCACUUCAAAGAAUCAAACAAAAGGAGGUGUAUGAAGAAGAAAAGGAAAUAAUAUUAAUAGGAGAACGUGUAGUACUUGCAACACUUGCUUUUGACUUCAAUGUGCAUCAUCCAUAUAAGCCACUUGUGGAGGCAAUAAAGAAGUUCAAAGUUUCCCAACAGGCCCUUGCACAGGUGGCAUGGAAUUUUGUCAAUGAUGGGCUUAGGACAUCCCUGUGCUUACAAUUUAAGCCCCACCACAUUGCAGCAGGUGCUAUUUUUCUUGCUGCUAAGUUUCUUAAAGUCAAAUUGCCUUCAGAUGGUGAAAAGGUUUGGUGGCAGGAGUUUAAUGUUACUCCACGUCAGCUUGAAGAAGUAAGUAACCAAAUGUUGGAACUAUACGAACAAAAUCGGGUCCCGCCUUCCCAAACUAGUGAAGUCCUUGAUGGAAGUACAGGUGGCGGUGGUGGUGGUGGAGUUACUCCAAAGGCACACGAAGACAACAACACAAAUGACAGCAACUCUCACGUGGGCCCCACCACCACCACCACUUCCAAAACCGAUCAUCCAAGAACAUCCCGGAAUCAAAGCAAUGACGAUGGAAGUACGGAUCAUAAUAAAGACAUCGAUUCCGAUGUCGAAAAUGACGACGAAUCCGAUCAAAACCCGGAAUGCAGAUUCCGGUCGCCCAAGGAAGCGGUGAAAAAGAUCGAUAAAGAUAAAGUCAGGGCGGCUUUUGAGAAACGAAGGAAAGAACGUGGCGGUGAUGUGAAUCGGAGGACGGAAUCCAUGGAUGAUGAUGAUUUGAUCGAGAGGGAAUUGGAAGAUGGAAUAGAAUUGGGUGGGGAAUCUGAGACAAAGAAACGGAAUCGGAAUCGGUGUGAUGAGGUUGAGGAUUUUGAGGCGGUGGAGGAAGGGGAGGUGGGGGUGUUGGAUGAUGAUGGUGGUGAUAGGCGGCAUAGGGUGCCGGAGAGUGGCCGGAAAAGAAAGGGCGGUGGGAGUGGGACCCCACCACCGGACAAACGGAGAAGAAACUAGAAGGGUGUUUAGGUGAAGGUAAUUAUGUUUAUGUUUAUUUGGUUUUUUUGUUUGUUUGUAUUUAAAUUAGAAUGUGGUAUUUAUAAGUUUUGGUUUUUUGGUCAUGGGGAAUGGUAUCUUUUAAUUAUGAAUAUAAUUUAUAUCUUCCCGUUUUAUCAUCUCAUAGUCAUAAUAGUAAGGCUGUUCAUAUCGUUACCUUAUGGUGAUGUAUG